AUUGUCGACCGUUGUCUUGGCCUUGAUCAUUGUUUACUGUCACUUCUGUCUUCUUUUAUAAUAAGGUCCUACGCUGCCUUAUAGCUAACCUUCCCUCGUUCAGCUAGCCUUUCCAUUUAUUCUAUUCUUUUCCUAUAUAAUAAUCGAUCUCCUCACAACCUCCCUUCCCCUAGAGCCCUUCUUGUUGUUACGCAUCCACGGGCUUAAUUUAACCACCGAUUUCAGCGCUGCCGAUAUCGCCUCAGCACCAUCCACUCGCAUUAUUAAUUUUCGACUUCUACCUCAUAACAACUUUUGUCCGUAUCGAAGUCCGUCACCAGCGACUCAGACCCCCCAUACAGUGCCAUAAGAAAUUACAUCCAAACAAGCAUCCCAAAGCUGAUUUCGAUUUUCACAAACGCCACUCGCCCAAUAUGACUCACGACGCCACCGACAAGACCAAAAAGAACUUCGACAAGACAUUUGAGGAGGAUCACAAAGCAACCAACGCUCUCGUUGACAUCAGCACCAUCCAAUUGACCGCUGAAGAUUUGUACGACAAAGACAAAGUCGACUUAGAGCAAGUCCAUCUACAGGAUGUUUGGAAACUGCUACAAACCUCUGAAGAGGGUCUUACGCCAGAAGAAGUCGAGCGCCGUAUGGCCAUCUUUGGCCCCAACAAGCUCGAAAGUAAAGAAGUAAACCCUCUAUUGCUUUUCCUUAGUUUCAUGUGGAACCCUCUUUCAUGGGUCAUGGAAGGUGCUGCCAUCGUUGCCAUCGUACUCUCCAAUGGUCAAGGCCGCCCACCAGACUGGCAAGAUUUCCUUGGUAUCGUUUUACUGUUGUUCAUUAACUCCGGAAUUGGGUACUAUGAAGAGCGAUCAGCUGGAAACGCCGUCAAAGCCUUGAUGGACUCAUUGGCUCCAAAAGCUAAAGUGCGACGUGCUGGACAAUGGUCUGAAAUUGACUCGGCUGAUCUCGUUCCCGGUGAUAUCGUUGCUUUCAAGAUCGGAGAUGUUGUCCCGUCAGAUUGCAGGCUGUACGACGCCAUUAAUGUUUCUAUCGAUCAGGCUGCUCUCACGGGUGAAUCACUACCCUCAAGCAAGACCGUUGGUGAUCAGUGUUUUUCAGGAUCGACCUGCAAGCAGGGUGAGGCCGAAGGUGUUGUGAUUGCCACCGGACCCAACACAUUUUUUGGUCGAGCUGCUACAUUGGUGGGAGCUGAUAACGACUCCACCGGACACAUGCAGGCUGUGCUUGCUAAGAUCGGAACAUUUUGUCUCGUCUCAAUCGGAAUCUUUGUUGUUUUGGAAAUUAUCAUCUUGUAUGGAGCCUUCCGCUACCAGUACCGUCGUGGGCUUGACAACAUCCUGGUCCUCCUCAUCGGUGGUAUCCCGAUCGCUAUGCCUACUGUUCUAUCAGUUACCCUUGCCGUUGGGGCUCAACAAUUGGCGAAGUACAAGGCCAUUGUCACCAGGAUCACUGCCAUUGAAGAGCUUGCCGGUGUCACCAUCUUGUGCUCUGACAAGACCGGUACCUUGACCACCAACAAACUUACCAUCGACAAGUCCACUGUCAAGACCUACGCUGACUACAACGCCGAAGAGGUCUGUGUGUUGGCAGCGUAUGCUUGCCGGACUGAAAACCAGGACGCCAUCGAUACCUGUGUUGUCGGUAAUGUCGGAACUGAAGUCGCCCGCCGAGGAAUCCAGUUGCUCGACUUCAAGCCCUUUAAUCCAGUUGAUAAGCGUACCGAGAUCACAUACAUCGACACUGCUUCUGGUCAAAUGAGACGUGUCACGAAGGGUAUGACUGGUGUAAUCAUCGAACUUUGCUCGCACAACAAGACCGAAGCUUUGGAACAGACUCUUGAAAACGACGUCGAAGAAUUCGCUCGCCGUGGUUUGAGAGCGCUUGCUGUAGCCUACGAGGAUGUUCCCGCUGGCCAAGUCGACGCACCCGGUAACGGCUUCGAACUCAUUGGACUGCUCUCUAUCUUUGAUCCCCCCCGUGACGACACCAAACAAACUAUCGACGAUGCCCAGGCUCUCGGAGUCAAAGUCAAGAUGGUAACUGGUGAUCAACUUGCCAUUGCAAAGGAAACCGGAAGACGUCUCGGUAUGGGUGACCACAUGUACCCCUCCAAAGUCUUAAAAGAUGGCCCUGAACCCGGAGGCAAAUUCUCCAGCUUGGAUGAAAUGAUUUUGGACGCCGACGGUUUUGCCGGUGUCUUCCCUGAGCACAAGUACGAGAUCGUCAAGAGACUGCAAGGACUUGGACAUUUAUGCGCAAUGACUGGUGACGGAGCAAACGAUGCACCUGCCUUGGCACGUGCAAAUGUGGGUAUCGCUGUUGAGGGCGCAACUGACGCUGCUCGUGGCGCCGCCGAUAUUGUUCUUACCGAACCCGGUCUCUCGACCAUCGUUCACGCCAUCCGUCAAUCUCGAAUUGUGUUUCAACGUAUGCGAAAUUACUCUAUCUACGCUUGCGCUGUUACGAUUCGUAUCGUCGUUGGGUUUGCUGUCAUGGCCUUCGCUUUCAAAUUCGACUUCCCACCCUUCAUGGUUUUGGUCAUUGCCCUGUUGAACGAUGGUACAAUCAUGACUUUGUCACUAGACCGAGUCUUACCCAGCAAUCAACCUGACCACUGGGACUUGACCGAGAUCUUCACUUACGCUGUUGGAUAUGGAACUUGUCUUGCACUUUCCACCAUUGUCUUACUUGCUGUGAUUCUUCACACUUCUUUCUUCGAAGAUCGCUUCGGUGUCAACGCUAUCAAAGAAGCUAACGAUGAUGAACUUCACAUGAUCAUCUACUUGCAAGUUGCCAUCAUUUCACAAGCAUUGAUUUUCGUGACACGGUCGCACGGCUGGUUCUUCAUGGAGCGUCCUUCUGCCGCCCUUUUCGGAGCUUUCAUCAUUGCCCAACUCAUUUCAUCCUUGAUUGCGGCUUUCGGAAACUGGGGCUUUACAGCCGUUAAGGGUAUCUCCCUCUCCUGGAUCGGAAUCGUUUGGAUCUGGAACAUAAUUUGGUUCUUGCCAUUAGAUCUCGUCAAGUUUGGUAUGCGUGCUACUAUCCGGGUCUUCAAACCCCCAGUGGACAACAAGAAGCCAAUUGCCCACAACCAGCUCGCCCGCACCACCUCGCGUACUGCCUCUAUCCACGAGUCGCUCUACUCCAAUCGGGUCAGCUUCCUGCAACGUGCCCAGCGCAAAACUGGUCUCGGUGGCCGAGUCCACGCUGAUGACCGUGAACUUCGUCGGUUUUCGUCUGCCCAAGCCGUGUCCUCCGGUGCUGCUCUUAGUCGCCACUAAUUGGUCACUGGUAGUCGUUCAACGGCGCACUCAUACUUCUACGCUACUUGUACUUUUCCUCGUCGCACGUCUCAUAUGUACCCUUUGCCAGAAAAAUGGUGCCUGUUUGAUAGGCGCAUACUAUUCCGAUCACGCCCGAUUACCGCCUUGCUGCGAUGUUUUUUGUUGGACUGAUGCUCAUAUUCUUAUCAUUGUUUCGAUUUAUUAUUUGGAGUUAAAUUGUGAUUAGACCGCUCUCAACCUUUUACGUCUUUUUUUAGAUUUCUCCUUCUAUAUAUCGGUUGCGCUCAUUCUCCUUUCCUUUUUCGUUAGUAUACGCUCGUACCAUCUGACAUAUUUCUUAGUUCUGCAAGUGUACUUUGUUUUUAUCAAUAUUUCCGUUUAUGAUGUUUGAGCUUGGUAGUGGCUUUGACGCGUGCUGGCAAAAACACGCAUGACCCCUAAAAUGCAAUUCAUUUUUCACAUCUUGCUACUAUG